AGAAAAAUAUUUAAGCAAAGCAAGGCAUAUCAUAGUUUAUAACAAAAAACCGAAAACACAAACAAAUAUGAAGAAUGCUAAACAAAAUAAAAAAGAAAGGAGAUAGCCAGGCGAAAAAGAUUCUGAGAACGACCUCCAAAAAAAAGCUGAUGAUUUGAUUUCUAUUCGUAAAUCCCUGAAAACCCCACAAACUUCCCCCCUUCCCAAAACAAAAAAAUAUCCCCAAAGAAUGUCAAAAAAGAAAAGAGGAGGGAAUCAAGACAGCAAGCUAAGAAAACUAAAAUGGAAAAACCACAAGAAAAUGGAAAAUAAAUAAAUGCAGAAGAAACAUGAAAACCAACCUAUAGGAUCAGCAGAUGGAUCAGUCAUAUAUAGCUAGCUAUAUAGUCUAUAGUCUAUGCCUAACAACAUUUCUAGUAGUCGAGCGAAUGAAAAGAUAUAUAAAAUUAUAAAGAACUUAAGAACUUGUUCACACACAGACACACACACGCGACACUAACACAAUCUUAAACACACACACACACUCACACAAAUACAAGCAGAGUAAAGAAUGACAAACAAAAGAAUGAAAGAAGAAGCAAGUGGAGAAGAAGAUAAAAAAAAAUGGAAAACAAACAAAAAAGAGAUGAAGAAAAUGAAAUAAAAUUCUAAAUAAAUAAAAAUAUUGAAAAAUAUUUGGGACACUUCGAGUUUUAAUCAAAGAACAUGGCGGCGCCAUGGAUUAUCUGUAAUCUAUAUAAAACAGAUCAUAAGAUUUAAUAUCAUAGGAUCUUGAAAAACUUAUAUAAAAUAUAUCCUGUUUGAUUUUUUAAGUUUUGGAAAUAUUUUAUCUUUUUUAUCACUAGAAUCAGGUUUUGUUUAAGUUAUUUUUAAUAUUUUUCAUUUCAAUGAGGUUCAGUUCUAUAAAAAAAUUCUGUUCAUUUUCUAAAUUGUAAGUCCUAAGAACUCUAUCUUAGUCCUAAGUAAUCUUUCGUUCCCAAAAUGAACUCAUGACCGAACAUAAAAUAGCCACGUCACGUAUGUAAGUAUAUAUUUAUCCACUAUCCUUGCAGCUUCUUCAACUUUUCUCUAUCGACUUAUCGUUUUUGAACUCUUCUGUAUUUUAAUUUGCCAUAUAUAUAUAUAUAUUCAUAUAUAUAUCUGCCAGAUAGUUUGUCCACUUCUAGAUGUCUUUUUGUGUGAGCUUUUAAGUGUUUGCUUGCCUUGUAUUCAUUUGCCUUGCAUGAGUUGGAAAUGUAGCCCAAAAAAAAGCCCUUGAGGAAAUAGAUAUCAAAACUCCAAAAAAAAUAAAAGAGGAUUUCCUUAGCCCAAGCAGUUUAGCAGCCCCUCCUCACAUUCAAUUUUUAGAACUAAGAUAUACUUUAUUUGAGACCCAAUAUCUCUGACCCAAAAGAAAUACUCCAAGAAAGCAGAACAAAAGAGAGGCACUGCGCACUAUAUAAACAUAUAUCGAUUGUAUUGCUAGAAUCAAACUGAAUAUAUACCGAUUUCUGAUCCCACACAGCUGCUACGUAACUUCAGUUCCCCGAUGAGCGCUAUGGCCGCCAGUCGCUGCCCAACCCCCUUCGCCUUUCCCUUCUCACCACUCGGCCUGAGCCUCUUCGACAUCGAUCCGUCCAGAAUACUCAGCCUGCUGCAUCAUCAGACAUGGCUAGCAGAAGAGGCCCUCAGGACACGUGGUCUCCUGGCGGCGCCCAAGGAUUUUCCGCACCGCUUUACCACCCUCAGCGACCUGCUGACCAAGGACUAUCAGCCGGGUCAACCGAACGUUACGGCAACGGCAACGGCGACCACCGCCUCAUCCUCGACAAGUCAGGUGAGUGCCGCCAGCCGAGCCGGCGACACUCAGUACAACAAACAUGCACAGCAGCAACCGCAGCAACCUCAAACAAGCGGAGUGGGUGGAGCAGCAGUUGGCCAGGGUCAGGCAGGAGCAACCUUCAACCUGCGUUACCCCACACCCACCGCCUUCUACCAGCAACAGCAGCAGUCUAAGGGUCCUAAAUCUUCACCCUCACCCCAGCAAAUAGCCACUAGUUCGACCACGGCCAUGUCUAAUGAUUCUGGCGAGGAUAGUUGCAAACGCAGUUCGGCGGACAGUGAUGAGGUCACUAUUAUGGAGCUACCCAGCGAACGUAGUGCCCAGCUGUACAAGGAGUCACUGGAGCAACUCCUUCAACGCCAGCGACGAACUCCCAUCUUAGCGGGAUCGGGAUCUGGUUCUGGUUCAGGAUCCGGCAGUGUUAUCGUCGAUGCUGCCGGUCUGAGGCAGUACACCCAACUCUUGUUAGCCGGAGCAGCCGGCAGUUCUGAUAUCAAGGAGAAGAGUUCCUCGUCGUCCACAUCGUCUACACCACCUCUGCUGACCCAGCAACUCAGUCAGAUGCUGAAAAGUCCCUCGGACACAUGCUCUUCCCUGUUUAGCUCUUCAGGUGGCGGUACAGGAUCGGGUUCUGGAGUACCAGGAGUCACUGGCGAAACGAUUGAGGAGGAGACCCGCUGUGUAGUUUGCAAUGCCCACUUCCCAAAUGUAUGGCUGUUAGAACAGCAUGCUGCUUUGCAGCAUCCCCACGUGGGACCCGGCGAGGAGAAACCCUUCAUCUGCGAGCAAUGUGGCCAGUCGUAUCGCUAUCGCAGCGCCUAUGCCAAACACAAGGAGCAGAACCACCGAGCUCGUCUCCCAGCCGACAAGCUCUUCACCUGCGAUGUUUGUGGAAUGCAGUUCCGCUACUUGAAGAGCUUUAAGAAGCAUCGCUUGAACCAUGCCCUCGAACGACUCCAUGGCAAGAAGAGCGUUGGCGUGAUUGGUCGACUGGGAGGAUCUGGUUCCUCGGCUAUGUCUGUCUCAGUGGCUGCGCCCACUUCUGCUUCUGCCUCGGGUUCGGUUACCUCGGUGGACCAGGAUGUGGUCACCAGUUCACAGGAGCCAAUGCUCGCUGAUGAGGGUGAGGAUUUGCGAGUGAAUGUGAAGAGGGAAGGCGCCUCCGAUGAACAGACAACCGAAUCACGUUCCAACGACAUCGAGGAGCACGAACAGGACAACACCGUCGACUCAGCGGGCAUCACGAUGCUCUAUCAGGACAACAACUCCUCGGCCUCGGCCUCUACCAGCGCCACCGAGCCUAACAUAAGCAGCUCCGACGGUAUUCAUAGUACAAACAAGCGGUCGCGCCUGCACCACUUGGAAACGGAUCCCUCCUACCCACACCAUCACCAUCACCACCACCAUCACCAUCAACAACAUCAGCAACAUCAACACCACAAUCCGCAGUCGCAGUCGCAGCUGCCGACCCAUUUGGGUCACGUUUCACUGCCACUGGUGGCCACUUCGGCCGCCGGUUCUUCAUCUUCGGCAGCAGCAGCUGCUGCUGUGGCUGCUGCUAAUGCAGCCGCUGCCCAAGCGCAGGUUAACUCUGGCGGAAGUGGCAAUGCCACCGGAAGUGGUGCGGUCGGAAGUGGAAGCGGUGGUUCAGCCUCAGGUGGCGGUGGCAUUAGUUCCCUUAGCUCGCUAACCUCACUGAUCAACGCCGAGCGCAUUCCGAAUGAGCAGUUCCUGGGACUAAAUCCACAGGAGGCCUCCAUACUCAACUUCUUGCGCGUCGAUGCCGCUGAGCGACAAAGGGACAAGAGGCCUGCCACCUCGCGUUUCGCAUGCCCCUUUUGCGGCAAGUGUGUGCGCUCCAAGGAAAACCUCAAGCUGCACGUGCGCAAACACACCGGGGAAAGACCGUUCGUCUGCCUGUUCUGUGGAAGAGCCUUUGGUGGCAAGUCGGAUCUGACACGCCAUCUGAGAAUUCACACCGGCGAACGGCCGUAUCACUGCGAAUCCUGCGGCAAGUGCUUUGCACGAGCGGACUACCUUUCGAAGCAUCUAACCACACACAUUCACAAUGCGCCACGCUGAGAUGAGGCGCGUAGGAGACGGCUCCUACGCAGAUAAGGAACCAGCUCCAGAAUCAGCCACACCACAAACACACACGCACACACACAUUGAAUACAGGAUAUGAAUGAAACAAAAAGCCUAUGUAUAAAUCCUAUUAUUAACAGAAGAAGCUCUACGAUUAGAUCACAUUUUCUCGCUAGAGUUCUUUUUUUUUUUUUUUUUUUUGCAAGCUAGAGAAAAACAAAAUUUACGGGCAACUAAAUUAGCACGGGUAUUAAAGUGUUUAAGAUUCUGAAUAUACACACCUAUCUCUCUGAAUCUAUAUAUAAAUAUAUAACAAAAUAUGCGUGAGUAAGGAUUUUACGAAUAUUAAUUAUCGUAGCAAAAGAUUUAGGUUUCAGUUUUUUUUUUUUUUUUUUUUUUGAUUUUCCUUUACAACUAUGCUUUAAGUGCAGAUGUGAACGAAAUGCGACUUUAAUUUCUAAACAAAAGAAAAACAAACACACGAAGAAACAACAGCCACAAACUCAAAAAAUAGCAAAAACAAACAUUGCAAUAGCAAUAAUAACAAAUAAUAGUCUGUAUUUUCUACCGAAACAAAAACAAAAGAGAGCAGAUCUGCCGUUGAUAUACACAAUAGAUAAAAUAUAUUUAAUUUUACACCGAUCUAUAGAAGCUAAACUAGCAACAAUUUGUACAAAAAAAUGAAAGAAAAACAAAUAAUGCAAAAUGCAAAACGAACUUUGCAACAAAGAAUAAUCAAUGCAAUAUUACUGAGCAAACUCUGUUACCUACCGCAGAAAAACAACAAUAAGCUAACUUGGGAUUUUAGUUAAACGAAGUACAGUUACUGUACUAAAAAACAAAAAGAGAAAAAAAGAUAACUAAGCCAACCACUAAAA